AUGAGUGAAUUUCUACUGGGAACAUUAGCCAUUGAACAGCUGCUUGGUGGUGGCGAUGAUCAAAAUGUAAAUAAUUGCAGCACUGUAACGUAUGCCGACAAGAUGGUAGACAGAAUCGGUUCGGCAAGCAUGAAGCCGAAAAUAUUCUUAGGGGCACUGGGCUGCCCAGACAUAAUUAACAAGGCACCGAAAGUAGCUUGUCUUGGAGAGAAAUAA